AUGACGGUCCAGCGACUGAGGGGAAUACGCUCAGGUAUUCGCCCUGACAUCCUGUUCCUAACAGAAAAAAAAAAUCCCGAUGAGUUUGUGCUUCAAACACUAGACUGUGUGGAAUACGAAUCACAUCUUUUGGUCUCACCUCACAGUCCCGGAGGAGGAGGACUAGCCCUCUUUUGGAAGAAGGAACUGGAAGUAGAAAUCCUAUUCACAUGCCACAACUUCAUAGAUAUGCGCAUCAAGGCUGAGGGGAAAAGCUUCUACGCCACAUUUGUGUAUGGAGAGCCAGACCAAACAAAAAGACACGAAGUUUGGCAAAAAUUGAUGGAACAAGCAACGGAAAGAACAGACCCCUGGCUACCUACAGGGGAUUUCAAUGACAUCAUAGAGUCGGCGGAGAAAAAAGAAGGCCCAGUAAGGCCAGAGACCUGUAUGACCUCAGGUUCUCUGGCAACUUCUACUCCUGGAGAGGAAAGAGAAACGACCAUCUUGUGA